GAGAAUUUUCCGUCUCUCUCCCCAGAACUGAUAGUGCUACCCAUUCACAGGAGAAGGUUAUAAAUGAUUAGCCCCUAUGACCAACAUGAGCUGGAGCUUCCUAACCCGCCUGCUAGAAGAAAUUCACAAUCACUCCACCUUCGUGGGGAAGGUCUGGCUCACCGUCCUGAUCGUCUUCCGGAUUGUCCUCACGGCCGUCGGAGGUGAGUCCAUCUAUUCAGAUGAGCAGAGCAAGUUCACGUGCAACACCAAGCAGCCCGGCUGCGAUAACGUCUGCUAUGACGCCUUCGCGCCGCUGUCCCAUGUCCGGUUUUGGGUAUUCCAGAUCAUCAUGAUCUCGACUCCUUCCGUCAUCUACCUGGGCUACGCCAUCCACAGGAUCGCCCGGUCCACUGAGCAAGAGCAAAAGAGGUUCAGAAGCUUCAAGAAGAAAAAGCAGUUUGCGCUAAACUGGCAAGCUGUCCGGAACCUGGAAGACCCCUUGGGAGCAGAAGAAGAAGAGCCCAUGAUAGCGGAUGAAGUAGCCGAGAGUGAGGACAAAGCCAAAGCCAAAGAGAAGAAGAAGGAGCAGCAGAAACAUGAUGGAAGGAGACAUAUCCAAGAGGAGGGCUUGAUGAAAAUUUACGUCUUCCAGCUUCUCACCAGAGCCACUUUUGAAGUUUGUUUCUUGAUAGGACAGUACAUGCUCUAUGGCUUUGAAGUCACGCCAUAUUAUCUUUGCAACCGAGCUCCUUGCCCUCACGAUGUCGACUGCUUUGUGUCGAGGCCGACGGAGAAGACCAUCUUCCUCUUGGUGAUGUACGUGGUCAGCUGCCUUUGCCUCUUACUCAACGUGGCCGAGAUGUGCCAUCUGGGAAUCGGGACCAUCAGAGAUGCCAUUCGGGAGAGAAAAACCCACAGCUUCAGGCAGCCCCCCUACAAUUAUGCAGCCUAUCCAAAGAAUAUCUCCUGUCCUCCGGAAUACAAUUUGGUGGUGAAAUCGGACAAGCAGGCCAAAGUCCCCAACAGUUUGAUGGCUCAUGAGCAGAACUUGGCCAAUGUGGCUCAAGAACAGCAUUGCACCAGCCCCGAUGAGAACAUCCCGCCAGACUUGUCCACACUCCAUAAACACUUGAGGGUGGCUCAGGAGCAAUUGGACAUUGCCUUCCAGAGCUACAAUAGCACUCAGGCAAACGCUCAGCCAUCGAGGACCAGCAGUCCAGAAUCGGGAGGGACUGUGGCAGAGCAGAACCGAGCCAACACUGCCCAGGAGAAGCAGGGGGCUAAGCCCAAAGCCAGUUCAGAGAAAGGCAGUUCUAACAGCAAGGAUGGGAAGAAUUCUGUAUGGAUAUAGCAAAGAGGGUAGAUAAGAGUCUUUCAAACCAAGUCAGAGCAUCAGGAGCAAGCUUGGGGUGCCUUCUCUCCAUCAAGAUGGGACGCGUUUGAGAGAGCACUAGCAAAGGGUUAUUUUGUUACAUAAAGGUCCAGUGUUUCUGCUAAAUGGCUUUAAGCGGUGGAUUUCAGGAAAGGCUUCCUGAAAAUGUUAACAAGGGGCUUCUCCCCCUUGCCCACUCUUAUUCCUGAUGUGCAAAUAUUUCAGUAUCUGGAAACAGUGGGACUUUUGCACAUUUGUUGUUAGGCCAUAGGGGGUUUGACCAUAAUAAACAUUACCCCUCUUUUAAGGAAGAUUUUGGGCUUUAUCCCCAGACAAAUGGGUAGAAGGAAUUUUGAUGGCAAUGUUUUGUUCCCUAACGCACAGUUCUGGGAGAAAGCAUUCCCUCCAGUCCCUGUUUCUGUUCAGUUUGGCUCUCAGGAAUAGUCCGCAUUCAGGAUUGCUCACUCAAUCCCACACGGAGUCUGGCUUUUCUCUGCCGGUCUCUUCCCUUGCCUGUCUCCUCGCUGUGCCUUUUAUCUUCACUCCUCCGACAGUCCUUCUCCUCUUGGCAGUGGUGGAGAGUGCCCUCAAGUCAGAGUUGACUUAUGGCGACCCCUGGUGGGGCUUUCAUGGCAAGAGACUAACAGAGGUGGUUUGCCAUUGCCUGCCUCCACAACUCUGGUCUUCAUUGGAGGUCUCCCAUCCAGUUACGAACGAGGGCCAACACUACUUAGCUUCUGAGAUCUGAUGAGAUCAGGCUUACCUGGGCUAUCCAGGUCAGGGUAUUCUCCUUUUAGAUAAUAAUAACUCCCUCCCUUCUGGUCAUGCAUACAUGAGAAGCUAUAUCUCUUCUGGUUGGCAGUUCCCUUUCCUCUGUGUAAACUUGUAGUGGUGAAGGAGAGUGGGGCCGUUUUACACAUAUGUUGUCCAGGAGAACCACCAUGUCCAUUCUGCAUCAGAGGCAGUGAGUAUUUAGGUGUGAGAGAUGAUCCCAUUGGCCACUUGCAGGGAGUAUCAUCCCUUUCCUAGCCAGUUGUUAGUUCCGUACGUCCUCUUGAGCUGCAGUUGUGUUUCAAGGGUUGUUUUAAUGACUCCAGUAACCCUUAAUUGAAUGAAUUUUUAACUCAUUCGGUGGAAGAUGACAUGGCUGCAAACACUGCCGUAUCUUUCCCUAACAUUCCAAAUGCUGAAAUGCUCACAAAACGACCACAUUUAGAACUGCAAAAAAAAUCCAAGGUAUACUAACCCGUAUGCACAACUAACUGUAUAAUAGCUUUAUACAGAAUUAGCUUUUGAAAGCAAGGCUGAAACUCCCCGACUAGGUUAUCCCGAUCCAUCGAUAUCUCUGGGGUUCCUGCUGUGGACUUCGUCAAGAGUUGCAAAUUCAAAGGUGUGUGCUGUUUACUCUUUCGUUCAUCAGCAUUAAGCUGAGAAGCUGGCAGAAUCCAAGCACCUUGGAUAUCUUAAGAGUAUCACUUGUGUCCUAAGGAUGCUCUCCAGUAGCUGUUAUUGGUGGGAGGUGACAAAGGUUUUACACUGAUAAAAACAGGCCAUUCUAAACAAAAGCGCCUUUAGCAAGACCAGUUUAUGACACACUGAUUCGUGGAGUUCGUUGUUACAACGAUGUGGCCGACUGGCCAUCCCCUCCCCUCCAGCUGAACAUCUGCAGCGCGAGAGCCAAUGCUCUGCGAAUCAGCCUGCUGAUUGCCCUGUAGUGUUAAUAACAUCUGGAAAAGGUGGUGUCAAAAGCUAGAUCAUGGUGUUGUAUGUACACAUAUGUGCAGUUAAAAGUACAUUGGAAUGGAGUGUCCUCAAGUCACAGCUGAUUUAUGGCAACCCCUGGCGGGGUUUUCAUGGCAUGAGAUUAACAAGGGUGGUUUGUCAUUGCCUAGCUCUGUAACCCUGGUCUUCACUGGAGGACUCCCAUUCAAUUACUAAACAAGGCCAACCUUGCGUAGCUUCUGAGAUCUGACGAGAUCAGGCUCACUUGGGCUAUUCGGGUCAGGGUAAAAGCAAACCUUAUGUAUGUGUAUAAUGUAACAUCAUGCUUGAGGUGUUUUAUACACCAGAGCAGUUAAAGCCAAACCUGUAGCCAUCUUUUGGAGGGUGAUUGUGUUGAAUGCCAAGGGAUAGCCAUAUUCGUCUGUAAAUAAACCAGACAUCCAGUGGCCACUUAAAAUCUAACAUUUAUUUUGCUAUGAGCUUCCAUGAGUCACAGCUCACAUCUUCAAAAAGCUGAUAUUGACAGAAAUGUUAAGGUGCCACUGGACUUUUAUUUUGUCUUGAAAACAUCAGAUAUUCCCCUUGCAACCAUCAGGAAUUGGGGGUUGAAAACAAAUUCCUUUUGAACACUGAGGUUUGACCAAAAUUUUGGCUGAAUAUUUAUACCAGGUCAGGGCUCACUUCAGCUCUGCCCCAGAAUCUGUUUUCAGUGCCCAGACUGUGCUAGCAAAGCAUGGUGGCAACAGCCAGUGCUUUAGAGGUGUCACAAUCACAGGGGACUGAGCUUUUGGCUCAACCCAUGUUUGGAAACUGGAGCCGUUACCAACAUGACGAUCCCGUCCAAACUGCUAUCUUGUGAUGGCUUAGUCAUGUCGAAGUGGUUGUGUGGACGAGCCCAAAACUGCCCUGACCGUUUUGACUCGCUGUUUUCAGCUCCAUGGACCUUGGAACGUAUGAUUAACACAAAUUAUCCAAGAGCUGGUGCAAGACUGCAUUUCUCUUGCCACUGAGAAAGUGCAGAGUUCUUGCACAGCAAGGAUUAGGAGAAGGGUUUCCAGAACGGAGGGUGGUGUAGCCGGGGUUGCUUAAAUAUGAAUGACUCCUCUUCAAGAUAUUAAGCCUUGGAAGAAAAGAUUAGUGCACAACGCCUCCAGAGUUGAAUGAUAGGGAGGAAAGCAAGAUACCGAUCCUUUUUAAUGGCCCUGACCCUUGUUCUUCUACAAAGGAGAUGUUUCUUGAGCCGCUUUAUUCAGAACAGGGUUCCUUGAGAAAAAAAAAACCCUCUACAAUUCACACAACUGUUUUAAAAUGGUGAGCAAUAUGCUGAAUCCACAGAGAAAUUUUCAAACCAUGGUGACUGAUAUUGUUUUGAGUGUUUGGACAUGCCGAGGCUGUGGCUUUACCAGCUCUGGGCUCAGCCUACGGACUGAUCCUGCUAGUUUUCCACAGAUGAAAGAAAACGUCCUUUUGACAACUGAAAAAGCUACGGUGCAUUGCAUGGGGUGAGGGCUGGGGUGAGAUGGAGAAUCAGGCAUAACGGAACAGAAAAGCUAGAGGGAUCCAACCUCACGUUUUGAAGGAAUAUUGGAGCAGACUUGAAAAUGAUGAAGCCAUAUUGAAACUGAUGUGUAAAUCAUUACUUGGCCACCUGGCCGUUUCGUUUCAUAAACUUCAUCAUUGUGAACUAGGAUGGUGUAAUUGGAAGGGCAAAUUUGCUUUCUUCCUCUUGGACCAUAAGAGCACACCUAUAAAGCUAGUCAACUUUCUUCUACAUUCCAGUGCAGCUGUACUGAACGUAGAGAGAAGGAUCGGGUGUGCUGUUUGGUUGUGAACACGUGUACUUAGAUCUGCACAUGUUCUGUAUCAAUGUACAGUUGCAACAGAAUGUAGAAGGAAUGAGUUCAAGUCACCUCCCACUUGGCUUCUGCAAUGUUAAGGAAAUGGGGUAAUUUUCAAAGAGCAAAGAUACCAGAACGGUGAUUCAGAAUAACCCCCAAAUGUCUAAGAAUCUGUAUUUUUAACUAAUCCAAGGAACUUUGGGAAUUGUAGUUUUCUGUGGCAGGAAAGGAUAUUCCAGAGAGAAACCCUAAUAUCCUCACUACAUGCAGGAAGCCACAAGAAUUCAUAUGGCUUUAAAAUGGUUCAACAUUUAGAAACCCAGAGAACAAGGAACAAAUUGUCGCUCACAUUCCGUUCCACUGGAAAAUACUUGAAAUUUAUCUAAAAGGCCAUAACAAAUCUUAUACUGUUAUGAAGUUUCCAGACUUUUUUUUGUAGAAACCUGUAUGUCCUAUGAGAAACAUUUUGAGUAUACAACUGACUGUUUGUAAAUGUAUUUUAGGGCAAACGUUACCAGCAGAUUGUACUUAGAAUGAUAGAACAUUUAAAGAAAAAAGAAACGAAUAGAGUUGGAUGUUCCAUUUCCAAUACUAAUAAAAUGGAAUUAAACUUUUGAUUUGCUUUUCA